CGAUGACAUUACGUUGACAGGAGAAGACAGAGACUGCUACAGGUUCUCUAUUCUCAAUGCAAGGACCGUUUGGUUUGACGGAGGGACAAAUAGGCAGAUAUCGAUACUUCUUUGGUUCAAGAUCAGGUUGGAUAAAGUGAACCACUGUCGAGAUGGUGGUGGUUGUGUAUCUUUGUUUCGUGGUGUUCUCCUUAGCCGGGGCCCUGAAGGUGUCCAUCCCCAAGCCGGAGUACGAGCACGCCAGAGGGGACAACAUCACGCUGCCCUGUAACUUCUUGCCCAGUAGAAAACCCCCCAUGGUCAUCAUCAUCUGGACCGUGAACCUAGGAGGCCCAGGCGACCCAUCGACAAUGAUCCUGACCCACUACUCCUCAGGCGGGCUUGGGACGGACGUCCCCCCGCUGUACGAGGGCCGGGCGUCUCUGGCCCUCGACAUCGCCAAAGGGAAGGCGGACCUGAAGCUAAGCAGCAUCACCCUGCAGGACAACAAGGUGUUCUCCUGCCGCGUCCAGAUCCCCAAGGAUGACGAGGGCACGCUCGUCGACAGCGUCCGCCUGGUGGUUCUGGUGGCUCCUUCCAAGCCCGUGUGUGCGCUGCAGGGCACGGCGGAGUACGGUCAGAACGUCAACCUGACCUGUCUGUCUGCGGAGGGCUCCCCGACCCCCGCCUACUCCUGGGAGCAGAGGGACGUACGCAACACCCCCCGCCUGCGGGACCCCCGUACAACCGACCGGGGGGGGAUCCUGUCUCUGUACAACCUCUCCAUGGAUACCUCUGGUUACUUCAUCUGCACCUCCAAGAACAAGAUCCGCUCAGCGUCGUGCAACAUCACCCUCAAAGUGCUGCCUCCCUCCAUGAAUCUGGGUUCGUCGGCGGGCAUCAUCGGAGGGGUUAUCGCCGUCCUGCUGGUCCUGGCCCUCAUCAUCCUCAUCUGCUGCUGCUGCAAGAAGAGGAAGCAGAGGGAGGCGGAGAAAUACGCCAUGGCGACCCCAGAGGAGGGCGCCUUCGCCGACAAGGAGCCUGUCGGGAACGGCAAGCGUCGUGACUCCCGUGACGAGGAGGAACGGAGCGAGUAUGACCGCCGCGUCAUCACCGACGACCGCCGCGUCGUCGAGGACGACCGCCGUGUCGUCAACGACGACCGCCGUGUCGACGACGACGACAGGCGCAGCGACUACACCGCUCGCCGCAGCGACUACGACGACAGACGCAGCGACUUCGACGACAGACGCAGCGACUACGACGACCGCCGCAGCGAGUACAGCGACCGCCGCGACCGCCAUGACGACCGGGACGACCGCCGCCGUGACGACCGCCGCCGCGACGACUACCGCAAUGAGAGCGACCGCUACGACGAGCCGUACGACGACGCCGAGCCUGCGCGCCCCAAACCGCCGAGCGUGCCCAACAACAAGCCGCCCAGAGAUACGUACUAACAGGGCGAUUGGAUCUGGUUCUGGAGAUGGCCAAUAGGCAGAGCCAGGGGGCGUGGCCAUGAGUCGAUCGAUUUCCCAGUUAAAGGCACAGGCACACGCUAAGCACCAGAGGUUUUAGGAGUGGAAGGCAAUGCACCUUCUAGUUUUUAUUUCCCCGCAGAAACAUUUGACCCCACAGUUAGUUUGUUCAGUUGUAACAAAAUGUGUCUCCUUUUUGGCUGUUUUGUUAUUGUCUGGCUGACAUUUGGGGAGGAUGUUUUUGGUGGGAAAUGAAUGGUAAGAAAUGGUAGGAAUAGACUAAAAAUCACAAGCAAUACAGGAUGGGUUCCACAAUAAUGUUGGACCCUGAUCUGGUUCCGGUCCGGCUCUGGGCUCACAAGUUUAGUAAAGAAAACUAAUCAUGAAAUUAAUUUUGAAAAAGAAUAAGAGAAAAAAAAAACAGUUUUUUUUUUUAAAUAACGGAUACGCUAACUUGGCGUUCAAUGAAAUUGCCAGUCAAUUCUAGACAAGACAUGACACCUGUUUAUUUUGGCCUGACAGGAUGGUGGUUUAAUGUCAGUUGGUUAAACUGUCAUUUAGUCAAGCUGAGAGUGAUGAAUUAAAAAGGACCGACCCUCAAGGUCUGCUCAGUCCUCAAUGCUCAUAGAUUCAGCGCAUGCAACCCAUUUAAAAUGGCUUUUGUUAAUAUUUGUAUUGUAAGUAGGCCUUAUGUCAUCUGUAUAGCUCUCAGGUGUGUGCUUUCCUUUUUUUUGUUCACAGUCAGGGUGUGACCUUGUUAUCGGUGGUUGUAGUACCUAUGCUAAGAUCUUAGAAUAUAUUUAAUUGUUCUGUGUGUGUUGAUCUUUUCUAAACAUUAUCAAGAUGGUUUCGCAUUACCUCUUCACUUGAGUCAUUGUCACAAGUACACCAACAAAACACAGAAAACGCCAAAAGGUUGGCAUAACGGGAAUAUCAAUAAUGCUGGUAGGGAGAAGAGUGAAAGAUGGGUGCUUUUGUUUUUGUUGGGCAGAAAGGUUAAACGUGAUGAGCUGUUUUUAUACUUUUUUGUUAUUUUAUUUUACGUCAUGGAUCAAUGUUCGACACGUUUUAAUCUACUGUUGAGAAUUAAAUUAGAUAACAUGGAUUGAAUGUAUAUUAUUAUUGUUAUUUUCAUUUUAUUCUGGGAAUAGCAUUAAAUAAAUUGGAUUGGAAUACCAAAUGUUUUCAAUGUCGUGUCCUUUGCGCCGGGGAAAAAGGGAGAUUAAUUAAAUAAACUCUAGAUGGCAAUGUUAGGCCUCAAUCUCGCAACCAGUGAACAGACACGCUAAUAUAAAAAAUAAAUAAGUGACUCUUACUUUUCUUUUCCAUAACAUGUUGUAUCAAUUUACCUAGUAUUAAGAAAAAAAACAACGUUAGGCCAACUCGUGUUCAUCACCAGCAACUAUUAGUCGACUCUUGUAUGUUCUCCAUAGCAGGUGCAACGCA